GUAGAAGGAAGUUGGAGUUCCGAAGAAGACGGAGCAUAUUCGGCACGAGUGCCAUUAAUUAUUGAGCCGCUGCCGAUUGCGCAGCAAUCCAGCACCGUACCCGGAUAAUUGUAUAAGCCUCUGUCGAUCGCUAAGAGAUCCAGAAGUCACUGUUGUAUUACGUUGAGCCACUAUAGAAUUGCUAAGCGAUCCAGCAAUCAUCUCGGGUGUUGCGUAGCGCCACUGUUGAUCAAAAGAUCCAGCCUUUAAGAGAAACCUUAGGUCGAGCCGCCGUUGAUCUUUAAGAUCCGGCAACACGAGUCUCGCCACAGAAACAUUCCGUAUUGCGGUGGUUUUCGCGACGUUCUACGAUUUUUUGUGCAUUUCAGUAAGGAGUCGCACAGCGGCAAAGUGGCAACGAGCGUACGAUUACCAGCCAAAUUCCAGGGGUGAAUAUAACAGGAAAACGCCAUCUUGACGGACGCCGCCCAUUUUGGACGAGUCGAAUACGAAUAUUAGAGUCACGGAAGCGCGGUUUGUUGCAUCGUGUUUGUUGAUUUCUGGUAGAAGUUAUCUGACGUGAUCUGAUAGUAAAGGCAAUAAUCGGUUAUUAUCGUGUGUAGUUUUUGUGAGUCCGUUUAUUAUCGAAUAACAUCACGUUUCGAGUCGGAGUUGAUUUAUUACGGGGAAACUUGUAAUCAGACCAAGUCUGAUCCAUCCUGGGGGUUGCAUAAUAUACGAUUAUUGUUUGUUCCGAAUAAACCAUUGUGUAAUAAGCUUUAUUUCUACCCCUUGCCGCGCCAGGCAUACCUGUUCCUAGACAUACACGUUGUCCCCUUCGGGGACACUUACUUCGGAGAUCGAAGUAAAACUAGUGUAAACUGAUUGUUUGCGUCACCGGAAUCGGUUAUAAAAAGCGCAACAUCACAAUAUAAUAAAGCUAAAAAUAUAAGUUGAAUACUUUUAAAAUUAUAUACUAGACUAAUAUAUUUCCGACAUUUCUAGCGCUAUGAAAAUGUGAAAGAAACGUUAUCACAAUCCCAACAAGGAGUUAAGCUACUUGAGGCAGACAAAACCAAAUUUACAGAGGACGAUAGACGUGCAUUGGUUUGUUUACUUAUGACGGAAUUGGUGCAUGUUCACAAUGACAACUUGUAUCCGCCUAGGGAAUCGUUGCAAGCACUUGCAAGAGCCAUAGUCACGGAAUUUCCAAUAUUGAAAAAUCCUCGAUCUCCAAUAGGAUACAUAGACGAUGACUUUGAAUCUAUCUUUGCUGGUAAAGGAGGUAAUUUAAUAACAAUAUUUCUCUCCCACUACGUACCACGCAUAAUAAAUUUUGCAAAAGCAUGUAAACAGGACUUGAUAAAAAAAUAUGAAGAUAUUAUAGACGAUUCUUUAAGGGCUCUCUUGAUCUUGGCCGAUUUUUUAUCGGUUUCAAAUGCUGUGAUAAAACAACGUCUGUCAAAGAAAAAAAAAAGAAAAAUCUGCCAAUAACAUAAAUAUAAAGUAACGUGUUAAUUUAUUAGAAGUAAUUUCGAUAAAUAUUAUUUAUUGACGAUGUAUUUAAAUCAUAUAAAGAUGGCACUUGACAGUAAACAAACUUUGCUUUAAAAUAUCAUUUUUUGCAGAAAGGUAUCAAUAUUGAACAAUUCGUUGCAGAAAAAGGAGCUAACUCUUCAAGCAACAUCCAGCCAUAUAUUAUAUGUAUCAAUGAACAUGAAAAAAUAAGAUAUUUCAUUCAAAGAGAUGGGUAGAUAAGUCAACCGUAAAGACGUAUCAAAUAUCAUCCUGACAUUUUAUUUGUUAUUCAAAUUAUUUUAUGUGUUUAAUUUGGAAUAUACAAUUCUGUUGAAAAAUAUUUUUAAUUUUAUGGAAACCUACGUUUACGAGAUUUCAUCUACAGCAUCUGG